AUGACCACGCAAAAGGAAGAAGCGUUAAAAAUAAGCAACGUGUAUCUGCAUCGAGAUGGCCAACUGGAGCUCAUAAAAGAGUUGGAGAAUGUCCUCAUUAGGGGAGUAUUCACGUGUGGCCACAGCAUAAAUAUUUUCAUAAAACGGAACGAAGGAAGCACACACAAUACGUUUAUUCAGUUGGACAGCUCACCACUGUCGAGUGCAUCUCCCAGUGGAAAGAGCUACUUGAACAUAUCCUGCAGUGACAUAAAUGAUUGUGAAUUUUUAGCUAGCGAUUUUGUUUUGUAUGCCUUGCGGAAGAGGGGAACUUCCCCUGGCGCAUCCUCACAACAUGAAGACCAUUCCGGUCACAACAACAAGGGGAGUGUUCUCCAGAGGAGGGAUAUAAAAUCCACGACGGUGCAUCGUGGAAGGGUAGCUACAUGGCGCUGCCCCCUACUAAGUGAGAGUUAUCUACCAAAAGGCAAAACCGCUAUAACGCCCUUCAAGGAAAACGCGAAAAACUACGCAAAAUGGUUACCUGCCAACACGAAGAAAAUUUUUCUGGGGGAAUUUCAAUUUUACGGACUGGACGAGGAAAAUAAAAUUUUCACCUGGCACACUGAUGUCCAUUCGAAAGACAAAAUAAUUUACAACUAUCAAACAAAAUUUAUUAAUUAUGUAAACCUUUUGGAUAAAAUAAAAAUAGUUAAUGUAGCAUGUGGACAGAGUCACGCGCUCUUUUUGUCCGAAAAUAAAAACUGCUAUGCGAUGGGCAGUAAUGACACUUACCAAGUAUGUGCAGAAAAAAGAAACGGAAAAAAAAUUGUUUUUUAUUCCUCCCCACAAUUGAUCAGAUUGGAUGAAGAUUCCAACAAAAAGGUGAAAUUCAUUUCUGCUGGAUAUUCACACAACUUAGUUUGUACUUACCAGAAUGAGGUGUACGGGUGGGGGAAUAACCUGCACGGUCAGCUAUUUCUGGAGGACCCCUUUGUAAAAGGGCCCACGCUUAUAUUCGACCCAAAACAAUGGCACAAAUUUAUGGUAAAAAAGAGGAGGCUUAAAAGGGUCAACAGAACGCUCACCAAUAGUUACACGCGGGCCGCCCCAUUUACUGACCAUGCCGCCAACCAAAGUGGAAGUAGUAACCCCUCACAGACAUGCAACAGGGAACAACAUCCCCCACAGGAGUACCCUCAAACGGACGAAUUUACAAAAUCCAUCGAACUUAUCAAUAGGGAUAAUCAUGCAUAUAGGAAGACGAAAAAAUGGAGAGACAAAAAUAAAUUCAAAGUUACAAAAUUAUGUUGCGGGUUUUCCUUCUCCUGUCUCCUUUUGGAGAAUCAAAACUGCUACGUCGUGGGGAAGACCAACCCCACAAGUGCUAGCAAAACGGAAAAGACAGACGCCCUUCUCAGAAUAAAUAAAAAAAAAAAAAUUGAUGACAUUUUUUGUAAUUUUUUUAACAUCAUCCUUGUGGAUAAUUUAAAGAUAGAGAAAAUUUCUCCCCAAAUUAUUCACCCCUCUUCCGACAGGGCCAUUUUCCUCCACUUGAACUUCCCCCUUAAGGAUUCCCUCAACUGCAGGGUUGGCCUUAACCACAGGGAUGGGGCGAAUUCGGUUACUUGUUCCUGGCAGGGUGAAAACUUCCCUGAUUGCCAAAAUGGGGAAACCCCCUCGAGGAUGAAUUUCUACCUAAGCUAUGACAAUGGAAGCGACGAGGAGGGGGCCAUCUCACAGGAAAUAAGUGAUCGUAAGGAUGACACGACCCUUUCUGGAAGUAGGAACCCCUUCGACAUAUCUGCACACACACUAUGGGAAAAAAAAAAAAAAAAAAAAUAUUGGACAUCCUGCCAAUUUUACCAAAGCCAAAUGGAAAGGAAACUAUUCCUCCACUUAUACAAUGAGCAUUUCUCCAUUCAGUACAAUCAGUGCAGCGUCAUGCUGAGCAGCUACAACGGACAGGUGUUGCAUCUCUCCCCGGAUAAUUGUGCAUUUAUGAAAAAUAUAAAAUUAAAAAUUAAAAUUAAAAAGGCACCUAUCCAAGUGGAGUCCGAUAACGUCUACGUGCUUUUCCACUUCACCGAUGAGUUCAAAAAUGAGGUUUUCAAAUAUAGCAAAGGGAGACUUAAGCGAGGUGGAAAUUAUAUUUACACAAAGGUUCCUUCCAUUCUGGAGGGGGACUUUCCACAGGGUGUUGGAGACAGAACAGCAGGGAAACACGACUACGAUGAGGUCAAUAGUUCCGCCUCCGAUGGGGGAAAUUCAAACAAACGUGACGAGAACGACGUCCCCAACAGUUGUAUGGACGCCCCCACCGGCGAAGACACGAUUAACACUCACCGCUUCACCAAAUGCAACGUGCACUACUCACUGGGUAGCAACUUCUACGGAAGCUCCCUUCCCAUCACAAUCAUAAAACCGGACAUCCUCAAUAUCACCCCCAAUUUUGUUCACAUACACGACAAUAGGCCUAUUCGAAUAAACAUGCUUCACCUCUCUAGCAGCUUCGAACAUAUUUAUGUCACUUUGAGUAACCCCCGUCUGCCACUUAUACGCACCAAGGCCUACUACGACUGCGAACAGGGCAACUUCUUUUUCGCUGUCCCUCCAAUUCCUACAGGGGUCUUCCAAAAGGCUCAGCUAGGAUUCAUCACACUCCACGUAUUCGUUUCUUACAACAAUGUAGAAUACAGCCAGAACGAAGUUAUCCUCACCAUCUCAAAUGUCAGCCCGGAAGGAAGCAUGGAUGAUACAAAUGGGGGCAGUGGCGAGGGGGAAGCAUAA